GCAGAGGCCAGAGAGGUGGGAUCACAUGCCCCAUUUAGGAGUGCAGACUUUGAAGAGGAGUGUGGACAAGUCCUCCGAGCAAGGGCCAGGAACUAACUGCAGCCUUUCCAGAAUCCUGUUCCAUGUUCUCCCUUGUUCACAAAAUUGGUCAACUAGAGCCGAGAGGACCUGGGUUCUAAUCUAGGUCUGCUAACUACCCACUCAGUGAAUUGGGGUGCCAACAAUUGCAGAAUGUGGCAGCUCACAAGCUUCCUGCUGUUUGUGGCCACCUUGGGAAUUUCCAGCACACCAGCCCUGCUCGACUCAGUGUUCACCAGCAGUGAGCAUGCCCACCAGGUGCUUCGGCUCCACAAACGUGCCAACACUUUCCUGGAGGAACUCCGGCCCAGCAGCCUAGAGCGGGAGUGCACGGAGGAGAUCUGUGACUUCGAGGAGGCCAAGGAGAUCUUCCAAAAUGUGGAUGACACACUGGCCUUCUGGUCCAAGUACGUCGACGGUGACCAGUGCGCAGCCAGGCCCUCGGAGCACCUGUGCGCCAGCCCGUGUUGCGGCCAUGGCAAGUGUACGGACGGCAUCGGUGGUUUCAGCUGUAACUGCAGCCGGGGCUGGGAGGGCCGCUUCUGCCAGCACGAGGUAAGCUUCUCCAACUGCUCCGUGGACAACGGCGGCUGCGCGCACUACUGCCGGGAGUACGCGGACGGGCGCCACUGCAGCUGCGCCUGGGGCUACGCGCUGGGAGACGACCACCGGCACUGCCAGCCCAAGGUGAAGUUCCCUUGUGGGAGACCAUGGAGACGAGUGGAUAGGAAGCGCAAGUACUCUAAACGUGACACAGACCAAGCGGACCCAGUAGAUCCAGGCCAAGCAGACCAAGAAGACCAGGUAGACCAAGUGGACCCACGGAUCAUCGAUGGGAAGGUGACCACACGGGGAGAGAACCCAUGGCAGGUGAUCCUGCUGGACUCCAAGAAAAGGCUGGCCUGUGGGGCAGUGCUUAUCCACCCCUCCUGGGUGCUGACAGCGGCCCACUGUAUGGAGGUCUCCCAGAAGCUCAUUGUCAGGCUUGGGGAGUAUGACCUGCGGCUCCGGGAUAAGUGGGAAGUGGACCUGGGCAUCGAGGAGAUCCUCAUGCACCCCAACUACAGCAAGAGCACCACUGACAAUGACAUUGCACUGCUGCACCUGGCCACGCCUGCCAUCCUCUCACCAAAUGUCAUGCCCAUCUGCCUCCCAGACAGUGGCCUUGCUGAGCGUGAGCUCACUCAGGCUGGCCAGGAGAUGGUGGUUUCAGGCUGGGGCUAUCACAGUAGCCGAGAGAAAGAGAUCAAGAGAAACCGCACCUUUGUCCUCAGCUCCAUCAGGAUUCCUCUGGUCUCACGAAACGAGUGCAUGCAGGUCAUGAGCAACAGGAUCUCUGAGAACAUGCUGUGCGCGGGCAUCCUCGGGGACCGGAGGGAUGCCUGCGAGGGGGACAGUGGGGGGCCCAUGGUCACCUCCUUCCGAGGCACCUGGUUCUUGGUGGGCCUGGUGAGCUGGGGUGAGGGCUGUGGCCUCCUUCACAACUACGGUGUUUACACCAAAGUCAGCCGCUAUCUGGACUGGAUCAACAGCCACAUCAGGGGCAAGGAGGCCUCCCUCAAGGGCCAGGUACCUUAGCAGCCCUCCCUGCCGGGCUGGGCUGUUGAAUUGGCGAUGUGUGGAACAUUAAAGGGGCACGCAAGAACCA